GAAACGUUUUCUUUGCUUUAAAUUCGUUCUUAAUUUCUCUUAGUUUUUUACUGAUGCUGAGACAUAUUCGAUUGACAUCUGUUGCGUUUCAGACUUGCCAUUCCGAAAACGGUUGCCAUUAGAAUUUGUUAAGGGUGGCUCUGCAGGCUGCAGCCGCUGCUCUGCCUUCUGCUGUUCCUGGUCUUUCAGGCUCUGCAGACAUUGUUUUGGCGGUGUACGUGUGAGAUGUUCAAGAAAUGUGCUGCUACUGAUGUUGGCCUGCGCUCUAUUCUACGCCGCUUCAGCUCCGUCAUAUUCCUUGGAACCCUCCAGCACUGCGUCUGUCAUGACCAGCAAACAGUCCCUGACAAAGGAACGAAACUGGCAUCGCAGCAGCGAGAUUUCUCCUCGGCCAUCAAGCGAGACUCUCGGUGACGCGUCUUCAAGACUCGAGGGCGUCAAGAACAACAGCGACCGCACCAUAUACACUCAAAUCACGGGCAUAAAUGGCAUCAAUAAUGAUCACAGCGUCAACAAUAGUAAAAGUUCCAUAACCGAGGAAGACUUAGAUAAAAAAAGCAAUAAUAAGUUGGACAAAGUGACAGGUGAAGAGCCGAACUUGAGUUCAAUGAGCGGUGAGCUGCUGCCUUGUCCAACGAUGCCUCCAAACCUUGGAGGACCAGUCGCCGUGGACACUUCUUCAGCAGACCUUGCGGAGGAAGAGCGGCGGCACCCCGAGCUGCUGCCUGGGGGCCAAUGGCGGCCGGAGGAGUGCCAGGCACGGCAGAAGGUGGCCCUCAUCAUUCCAUACAGAUCCCGUGCUUCUCAUCUGCCAAUAUUCCUGCACCACAUGCACCCGUUCCUGCAGCAGCAGCAGCUCGACUACGGCAUCUUCGUCGUGGAACAGGCAG